AUGGCGGGCAUUAUCUCUAAAGCGGAAGUGGCCGCAGCCAUAGAACAGGCGUUUGCUGAAAGAAUCGACGAAAUGGAGGAGUCAAUCGUAGACGAGACAACGAAUGAACAGAAAAUUCCAACCAUGCAGUGUUCUUUUGAACCGAAAAACAAGUAUGUUGGUGGCGUCGAAAACAUGAAUGAAUACGUUCUUUCUUACUUCGAGUCUUUGAAUCAUAUGAGUCGGAGAAUCAUCACUGAACAACGCGAAGUGAUGGCCGAACAUGGCAACAAAUGGGAUAAUUUAAGUCCCGACGAACAAGAUAAACUCUUAGAUGAACGAAUGGUUAGUCCCGGAGUGAAAAAACAUUAUUAUUUAGACGAUUCAUUUUCAACGAGAAAGCCAGAUUGGUUUCCAGUGUUGAGGUUGGCCCAUGGAAUUUCAGGGUCCGAAGAACCGAGUAAUUUUAACCCGAGAGAUAGCAUAACAUCUGUCACGGAAAUCCAUUCCAAAGAUCAAUUUUCUUCUCCAUGGUCCUGGGAAACGCGAAGCCAACAAGAUCUUCAUUUACUAGAAGAGGGAGAGCUUGAGGAACAACUAAAACAUGCAUUGGAAGCUGAUCUAGAAACACUAAGUACUGUGACUGUACCAGUAGAGGUUAAAUCAAAGAAACAGCAUGAUUCUGACACUGAAUCAAAAGACACAAGCACAAGUGGGAGUUUGCCUGGUUCAGAGCCUCUGUCUCGAAAGGAGUUUCUUCUUGAGGGUCAGAAGUAUAGCCCUGCUAGUAGCAUUCAAGGUAGUAAAGGUAGUUUGUCUUCAUCACUGCACAACGGAAGAAAAGGGAGCCUUGCAUCAACACCUCCUAAAGGAAGCAAGGCAAGUCUUAUAUCAAAUACACCACCUAAAGGAAGUAAAGGUAGACUUGCAUCAGACACACCUCCUAGAUUAAAUACAGGAAAUUUGCUGUCUGACACACCAUCAAAAGGAAGCAAGAUAAAUCUUGCAUCUGAGACAUGUUCAAAGGAAAAUAGAGGAAGUCCUUUGACGGAUACACCACCUAAAGAAAAUCAUUUGAGCAUAGCCACAGAGAUGCUGGGAAAGAGAGAUGCAAAUAAACUAAAUCUUGAGUCUGAGAUGCCACAGUCAUCAGCUGCUAGCAAAUCUUCACUCCCAAAAGAGCAGAAUGAUUCCAAAGAAGCUGCUUCAGCUAAAACAAAAGAAGUAGAUAUUGGCACAGCUACCAAUUCAAAUGACUUGUUGGCUUUUCUUGUUAAUUGGUAGCUCAGACAGCUUUUCAGCAGAUGAUGAUGUUAUUACAUUUAUGUGGCAUGCAUUUCAUGAAAAACUUUUUCAAUCCAGAAAACUUUUAAAGUAUUUUUCAAAUGCUUACAGUGUUUGUCAGAUAGAAAAAGCAUGUACUCUAAAUGUUGCUAAUUAGGCACAAGUAAAAAUGCAGUUUUAAGGACUGUUUAGUUUUGUUAUCACUGUUUAUUCCUCUGUUGUGGUUUUUGGUGAAGCUCUAGACUGAGAGAACAAGUCAAUAUUACAUGCAUUUUUUAUAUACUACAAUUGUGAUCAUAAUUAAUCAAUACAACAGUAAAUGAUUUGAGCCUAAGAGUAACAGUUGAUCAAUUAGUUUUAUUGUAAGUUCUGGAGACGGCUGUGGUCGCUAUCAGUGACUAACAUUUUGACAACCCUAGCAGAAGUCAACACCUCACUUGACUCGUGAUUACUUCCACUAUAUAAGGCUGUCAAAACGUCAGUCACUUUUAACCCUUGAGCUCUUAUGAGUCAACUAAGAGAGGCAAGAAAGGAUUUGUCCUUACAAUAUUAAUGCAAUAUCAAGCAGACAAGUAAUAAGAAUAUAGAAAACUAUCAGUUAGGGGAUUCAAUGAUUAGUUGAUCCAGUACCCAGUUAUCCAAACUAACAUCCUAAGAGGGUUUAAGAGAAAAAAAUUUGCAGAUUUUCUUAUAUUGUUUAUAUGGACCACAUCUACAUUAAGGAUAUUCAAACAGAAUGUUUGAAUAAUGUUUUUGUAAAUACUUUUUUACACCUUGGCCAUGCAUAUGAUUGCCAAAAGUUUCACCAUGUACAAGGUGUUAGGCACAAAAGAACACCAUUCAAUAUGCUAAAUACACAGUGAAAUAUUUUACUUUGGCAAAGACUUUGGGCUAUGCAUUUGCAUUUAGGCAGAAUGAGGGAGUUCUCACGGCCUCUUCACCUGCCAGCAUACCCUGCAGUGAGGGUUAGAACCUUAGAGGUUGAUCAGUCAAGGGUCACAAGACAAAGAGCUAUUGUUGGUUUAUAUUACUCUUUACUUUCUUUUUUCCUCUUCGCCUUGAACCUCUAGCAAAAAAGGUAACUUAUCUUAACAACUUUUGCACAUAUUGAAGAAGUAAUUAAAAAAUAGAUAAAAAUGCU